AUGCAGUUCAACGUCACUUCCCCUGAAUCAUCCAUUCACAAUGAUAAUACUCCUCUCAACACUUUACAUCCUAAUGAUGCGAUCAUUACAUUAUCAAAAAGAAAAAGAAGAAUAGGAACAAUGGAAAAAUUUGAAGACACACAGCUUGAAUUAAAUCAGAUAAUUUCGAGAACAAUAACAAAUUACCGCAUACAAAAUGGCGAUGAUGAUGUUGAUACCCUUUUAUCCUACUUGAUGCACCAUGCUGAACAACUAAAAUCAUUUUCAAUCGACUUGUUAACAACUGAAGGGAAAUUUCGAGAGUUUCAGUCAUUACAGCUGUCGAUCAUGGAAGAAUACGAACUUCGAGAAAAGGCUUAUCAGCAGAGAAUUGAUGAAUGCGAACAGGUCUCUCGUCAACAGUUGGAGCUCAUCAACAAUUUAGUCGAGCUAUAUCAUGAUUUAGGGCCUAAGCAACAACAGCAAUUUGGCAGCAGUCAUGAUAACCAUAGAAGGUCAUUCAUGACGACAUCAACGUGGCAGAGCUCAGAGCAAGAUUACUAUAGAAGCAAUAGCACACGUGCAACGAGCGUCAACAGCUUCUAUGGCAACCCAAAAUGUGUUGAGCUACAACAGAAUCAGGAAAAUAAUUUAAGAUACAAGAUGAGCCUAUUGAUAGGAGGAAUAGUCGGCACCGGAGAGGCCGUUCAUUCAUUCGACAAUCAAAACGGAAUAAGAGAGUUUAUUAUUGCAGGAACAGGUAUCGUUGCUUCAACUAGAUACAGUUAUAUGCUUCAUCUUGACCAAAGUUUACGCCAUCAGUUCAAAUUACUGCCCAAGUUACUAUGGAUACCAGAUGAUCAAGUCGAAUACUGUCAGCUUGAUACCUGUUUUACUCAAUUCUCUUUAUUACAAAGGAAGCAUCAUUGUCGAAGGUAA